AGCUACAAUUAAACGUUUGUUUAUUUUAACAUAAAAAUAUAACGAGAAGAGAAAUAUAAAAAAAUAAGAAAAUUUUUAAAAAAUACAAUAAAUUUUAUAGAAUUUCUUUUUAAAAACUUCGAAAAAAGCAAUAAAUAAAAUUAGAACGGUUCUAUUUGUUGUGAAUCUGUUAAAAAAAAGAUCUACAUACAUAUAAAUAUAUACGCAAGAGCGUUGUACAAUGUCUUUUCGUUCACGCUCACGUCCCACCCAGCCUUUGGCUUCACGUAGACGUUCUCUAUCGAGUUCGCGUGCCCAAAGUUCCGGGGCUUAUAAUUACAAUGGCACUUCCUACAAUACGGGUUCAACAAAUGGUUAUGGCACGAGCAGUUCAAGACCCUUAAGUACUGGCUAUUAUCCAAAUAAUACGGGUUCUUCGUCCUCAUACUAUCAGAGUCCUUAUAAUAGUGUUUAUUCGUCAAGAGAUAAUCUUUAUGGUGCUGGAUCUUCGUCACGCAAUAGCUCGGGCAAUAGUUAUUAUAGUAAUGGUAAUAAAUCAGCUUCAUCCUUAUCAUCAACAUCAUCGAAUUAUCGUCAUCAUGAAUAUAUGGCUGCUUGCUCUAAGGAGAGUAAUAAUACUACUACUACUAGUAAUGCUGCCUCUGCUGCUGCUACUACUUCUACUACUACUACCAAUAAAUAUCAAACUUCAUCUAAUCAACAACAAAUUCAUCAUCAUUCGAUAACCAUUUCCUUAACGCCCCCUACCAACAACAACAACCACAGCAGCAACAAUUAUUCAAGUUCCUAUAAAAACUCCAGCAAUAAUUAUAAUACCAGUCCUUUAAAAUCCUUUAAAUCCUAUACGCGUUCACCACAUGCUUCCUCAUCCUUAGCCAAUUCAUCGUCGAAAUCUUCAUCACCAUUAUCUACAUCUUCAUCAUCAACUUUUUAUGCUUCUAAAGCUUCGGGCAUUCAUUCUACUACUAGCGCCACCUCAAACACCUCCGGUUAUGAAAGCAAUAGCAAAUAUCAAACAUCAUCCAACAAUACCUUUUCCUCCUCUACUUUAGCCUCGAACGGUUAUGAUGCCCCCUCACGUUACAACUCCAAUCCCUAUAGCAGUGAUCGUUACAUCAGUCCCUAUACAUCGUCAUAUGAUAAAGGUAUAACCACGGCCUCGCUUAGUUUCAAUAUGGGUCCUUCUUCGACCGCUUCAAAGGGUUCAAAUUCUUAUUUGAACAAAUCUUCAGCCUCGGCGAAUGCCUCUUCCAGAUCUCUAAAUAAAACUAAAUCAUUAUCUAACUCGAAUAGCAGUUUAAAUGCCUAUCCCUCAACGUCUAGCAGUAAUGGUGCUAGUUCAGCAAAUGCUGCUGCUAUGGCCGCCAUUGUAUCACGUAGCAGUUCGUUGAGAGAACAGGAGCGUAAAUCACGAACACGCUCACGUUCUCGUACGGCAGCUCAGCGUUCACUUAGUGCUUCGUCGGAGAAAAGUGAAGGUUAUGAAAGCGGUAGCGAAACACGUCCCAGCCGUUCCCGAGUUGGCAGCACAGCUAGCACUGUUUCGGUAUCGACAUCCACCUCGGCCACAGACGAUAAGAAAACACGUGAUAAAUCGGAAAACAGUGGUGAUAAUAUUGAUUAUAAGGCUCUAUGGGAAGCUGUAAAAUUGGAAAAUGAUAAACUUAAACAACAAUUAAAGAAAAAAGAUGAUGAAGUUAUACAAACUAGAGCCACCCUCGAAAGAUUUGCUAAUGCUACCACUAAAAAUUCUCUGUCAGAGAUUGAAAAGCGCGAAAGGAGAGCUAUGGAACGAAAACUUUCCGAAUUGGAAGAAGAGCUUAAGCAACUGGAUGCUUACAAAGCGGAAAAUCUACGCCUUAAAGAAGAGAAUGGAGCGCUAAUUAGAGUUAUAAGUAAAUUAAGUAAAUGAAAUUCACUUAAUUAAAUAAUUUAAAUUAACACAUACAGAGAGAAUAGAAAACAAGAAAUAAAAACACGAUAAUAAAACACUUAUACAUAUAUUAAUAUUAUUAAUUAAUAAUAAUAUUAAUAUUAAAGAAAAAAUUAAUAAAACAAAUUUCAAAAUUAAAUUAUCAAGUAAACGAAAUUUAAAAGAAAAGGAAAAAGAAAACGCUGCUCCUUUAACAAAUCUUUAUAUAUGUU